AUGAGUAGUAGUGUUUGCAUCUGUGGAGAAAAUGUGAGGAUUUGGGUGAGCAUCUACUCACAGUUCGAUGAAAAUGUAGGAAAUCCUAUGCUUGUCAAUGGUGACGAGAUAGAUAAAUGGAAAAUGAGAGAUUGCUAUGGAAGGUUCCUCAUCUUUAAUAGCUGUGACGAAGUUAGAAAACUCGUGCUACUUAACAGCAGAACUAGCAACGAAAUGUGGACUAGAUUGAAGACACAGUUUUUACAGCGUGCAGCUGAUAAUAAACAUCUUUUGCACAGAGAUUUUCUCAAUCUUCGACCGACACCCAGUCAAGACAUAAUGAUCCACAUCUUCGCACUAGAAUCGAUUACUGCGGAACUUAACGAUCUAGUCUUCCUGCAAGAUUUGGAUUUCUCUCAUCAUCGUGUGAUAAUGUACCAAACAACGAAAGAACUAUGGAUGCCCUGCGAGCUAGAAUUGUUUCAGAGCAAAGACAUUGAAGUGAAAAGAGUGGAAGAAGAGGGAAACCACAUCCCAUCAAAUGAAAUCAUGAUCAAUGCUCUUCAAGGAUUUGGGAGUCAAAGAGGAUCUUUGACUCGUAGGCUUCGAGGUGGUCGCAGUCGUGGUAGGGUUCCCCCACGAGAUUCGUUUAAUAGAAACAAUGCAAAGUGUACCUAUUGUGGGAAAAAAAGAUACUACGAAUUUGUAUGUCGACUUCGCAUUGCUAACCAAGGAGAGAAGCAACCCUCUCUGACUAAAAUACCCAAUAACGAUGGAGAAGGGAGUGACUCUCAGCGACGAGUGGAUUUCUCCCUCAUUUCCGAUUGCUGUUUGUCAGCUAUUGAGGCUGAUGCUAUUGUUCUAGACUCUGGAGCAUCUAGAGACAUGAGUGAAGAACGUUCAUACUUCGUGGAACUGAGUGACAUCACACCUGGUAGUUGGCCGAUUAAUGGCAUUGGGGGUUAA